GGCAGUUGUUGUCAAUUCACACAUCAAGGCCUCUUCAGGCUAUGAUUCCGACAUGCAUAUACCUAAUGUCCCGCGUAGCAAUUCGACUGGAAGUCGAGGACACCGCAAGUUGUCCAGCGCGGGUGAUGGCAGCAGCCGCACUUCACGCAGACGAUCUAGGCGUGGCGAACAGAGCGUUGGCCGCCGCUGUUUUCUGCCUGUGGAUGACCAGUCCGUUAUUAGAAGUGCAACUAAAGCCCUUGCAUCGCCCGUUUGAAGUAAGACGUGCUUGGUCAAUAUUGCUCGAGAGAUUUGGUCAUGGUACUGCAAAUCAACACGCUAGAGAUGAGCCUAUCAUUUCUUUACAAAGAAACGUAUUCUUCCCCAAACAAAAUGAGGAUAAAAUUAAGGAUCCAAAAAUAAUAGAACUUUUAUACGAAGAAGCACGUCACAAUGUGUUGGGUGGUCGUUACCCUUGUGAACCAAGUCAUUGUAUAAUGCUUGGAGGAAUUCAAGCUCGGAUUGAACUUGGACCGUAUAACCCACAAGCUCACACGACUUCGUUUUUUCGAGAAAAGCAAGGACGUUUUCUACCAGCCCAUGUCCGCAAGAGUGAAAGUUGGGCAUGGUUACCCAUCAGCUCUAAGCAUUCAGCUGAAGUAAGACUUUUAGAACAAUUUAAACGUGUUCCAAAUGCAGCAACGACUAGGAAAUUGAUGCGUAAAUAUCUCGAAUUCUGCUGGGCACUGCCUUUCUAUGGAGCUGCAUUCUUCCAAGGGCAAGUCGAACAGCCUGUUCGUGGCCUAACUAGCUUGAUAACACAUCAAGAUAUUCCUGUAUUAGUUGCAAUCAAUCAGCAAGGAAUUUAUAUAAUUGAUGAUUUGGAAUGUACAUUGUUACUUGGCUUGAGAUAUCCUGAAUUAUCAUGGGACUUUGCCAAACCGUCUCGAGAAGAACUACCCGAGUGCCUGCCUUGUUUAUUUUUACAGUUUGCUGUUCUUGAAAAUGGUGCUAGAGUUUAUAAAGUGCUCCAGAUUUUUUCAAAACAAGCAUCUAUGAUGGACGUUCUAAUAUCAUCUUUUAUUGAAGAAAUGAAAAAAGCUAGGGCCAAUGGAACCAUUGAUGAGCCGGAUAGAGCGACAAUCAAUUUUGAAAAUAAUGAUACUGAUGCUGGAACUGAAAGUUCUCAAGGGCCUUCUUGUUUGAGCAACAAGUUGUCGCGUCUCACAUUGGCAACUUUUGACGAAGAAGGUCGUUGUAUUGGACAAAUGGGUUCAUUUUCGUUUAGUUAUUAACUUAUAGUAAUUGUCACGAUUUAUGAUCAAAUGUAUAUUCUGUAAAUAAAACAAAUAAAUUAA